AUGGAUGGCUCAUCUGCCAUGGUCGUUCUCCUCAUCGGCGCCAGCUUCAGCUUCUUCCUCACCACGCAUGCCGUGAAUACUCCUAGCUGCACGCCACAAGAGAGAGACGCCCUCCUGUCCUUCAAGCAGGGCAUCACCAACGACAGCCUGGGCCUCCUCUCCUCAUGGCGGAGAGGCCACGGCGACUGCUGCUCAUGGACAGGCGUCACCUGCAGCAGCAAGACCGGCCAUGUCGUCAAGCUCGAUGUCAACAACUUCAUUACUGAUUCACCUUUGGUUGGCCAGAUAAGUCCAUCUUUGCUGUCUCUCGAGCACCUGCAGUACCUCGAUCUCAGCACAAACUUGCUGGCUGGGCCCAAAGGCAGUGUCCCAGAGUUCCUAGGUUCUAUGAAGAACUUGAUGCAUCUUGAUCUCUCCUACAUUCCCUUCUCCGGUACAGUGCCACCCCUGCUCAGCAACCUCACCAACUUGGAAUAUCUCGACCUCUCCUUUACAUCAUUUUCUGGUAGAUUACCUCCUCAGCUGGGCAACCUUUCGAAUUUGCGGCAUCUUGAUGUUAGUGAGAUGAAUAAUGUGUAUUCGACUGACAUCUCAUGGUUAAGCCGUCUACAUUUGUUAGAGUAUGUUGCCAUGAGCAGUACGAAUCUCAGCAAAAUAACGGAUUUACCUGUCGUGCUCAACGAGAUUCCAGCUCUAAAGCAGGCCAUUCUUUCGAAUUGUUCACUUCCAAGUGCAAACCAAUCGAUCACACACCUGAACCUUACCAAACUUGAGGAGCUUGACCUCUCACUGAACUACUUUGGCCAUCCAAUUGCAUCAUGCUGGUUCUGGGAAGUAACAAGCAUCAAGUCACUUCGCCUAGAUGAAACCCAUCUUCAUGGUCCCUUCCCCGAUGCACUGGGCGAAAUGGUGUUGCUCCAGCACCUAGAUUUUACUUCCAAUGGAAAUGCAGCCACAAUAACAGUGGACUUGAAGAACUUAUGUGACCUGGAAAGCAUAUACCUUGACAAGAGCCUGUCAUCUGGGAACAUAACAGAUUUGUUUGAUAAGUUACAGUGUUCCAGCAAAUUGCAUAGCUUGAGUUCAUCAAGCAAUAAUAUGACAGGAAUGCUUCCAACUAACAUGGUGCACUUCACCAGCUUAAAUCACAUUGAUCUUACUAACAACAGUGUUAGUGGCGUCCUGCCACGAGGAAUCCGGAAAAUGACUAGUUUGGAGUACCUACACCUCAGUUCCAAUCGACUCAGUGGCCAGAUGCCGUUGUUGCCGGCAAGCCUCAAGAUAUUCCAUGCCCAAAUGAACUUCUUGUCAGGGCACCUGCCGUUGGAAUUCAGAGGCCCAAAUCUUGAAAACCUAAUUAUAUCCUCCAAUCACAUUGCUGGCCAGGUUCCUGGAUCCAUUUGUGAAUCAGAAAACAUGAAACACUUGGAUUUGUCAAAUAAUUUAUUUGAGGGAGAACUGCCUCACUGUUCUCGUAUGCGAAACUUGCGUUUCCUGCUCUUAGGUAACAAUAGCUUUUCUGGAAAUUUUCCCCAUUGGAUCCAAAGCUUCUCUUCACUGGUUUUCCUGGAUCUUUCAUGGAACAAGUUUCAUGGUUCUUUACCAAGGUGGAUUGGAGACUUGGUGACCUUGCGUAUUCUGCACCUGGGCCAUAACAUGUUCAAUGGAGACAUUCCAUUCAACAUCACAGAUCUUAGAGACCUUCAAUACCUGAAUUUAGCAGACAACAGUAUGUCAGGUUUAAUUCCUCUCUCUUUGUCAAAUUUUAAUGAAAUGACUCUAAAAGCUGUGGGUGAUUCAAUGUCAACCCUGGCAUUUGAUGAAUCGCUUGAUACAUUUUCCCUCGCGAUGAAGCAUGAAAUACUCAAGUAUGGAUCACAUGGGGUGGUUGAUAUGGUUGGAAUCGACUUAUCGCUCAAUCGCUUAACUGGUGGAAUUCCAGAUGAAAUUACAUCUCUCGAUAGGUUGUCUAAUUUAAAUUUAUCAUGGAAUCUCUUGAGUGGGAUAAUUCCGGAGAACAUUGGGUCUAUGAAAUCAAUAGAAUCACUCGACCUCUCAAGGAACUACCUUUGUGGUGAAGUCCCAUCAAGCUUGACAGAUUUGACAUAUUUGAGUUACCUGGACCUAUCAUACAACAAUCUUACUGGAAAAGUUCCAUCAGGACGCCAACUUGACACCUUGUACAUAGAUAAUCCAUCCGUGUACAAUGGAAACAUUGGUCUUUGUGGCCCUCCUCUUCAAAAGAAUUGUUCAAGCAGUAGUCAUGAACAAGAGCAUGGUGAUCACAAAGGACAAGAGAAGGAUUCCAAUUCAAUGUUCUUUUACUAUGGUCUUGGAUCAGGUUUUAUUGUUGGUUACUGGGUUGUGUUUUGUGCUCUGCUAUUCAACAAGUUAUGGAGAGUCCAUUAUUUCUGCCUCGUGGACAAGGUAUAUGACAAGUUAUGUGUGUCUAUGGUCAUUACUUGGACCAAAUGGAUAGCUAAAAGGAACACUACAAAUUAAUUCAGCAAAGGGAAUGUACAAGUGUAGCAUUAAGAGGCUUCUACUUCCAUGUAUAGUCUUUUUCUGUUUUUGGUGGGUUUGUAAUAAGCUAUUGGUUUGUACUCUUCUGGGACAUUUUGAAUACUCUAAGUGAUUCAAUUUCCAUUGGGGCCCAUUCGGAUCACAACAAUGAAAAAACGGAGAAAUAUG